UUUUGAUUUGUUCUCUUUUUGCUUUUAACCUUUUAUCUGCCGACAAAAAACCAAGGCCCGUAUUAAUAAAGGGUACCCUCAGACAAAGCUUGAGUUCUCUUCUAACUUGGAACACCAAUUUUGGCUCUCUCUAUUUCCUCUCUUUCGCUCCCUCUCUCAUUGCUUCAAAAUUACACACUCUUGAGUCUUACCCUCAUCAACAUGAAUAUGUGCCAAAAUGUAUCAGUUACCACUGAACGCCACCAAGAUCAGGUCUUUGCCCCUUCUUGCUCAAGCAGCCUUGAUGACCUCUUCUCUGCACAGAACACGGAGGUGGAUGUUGAGUUGGAGUGGCUUUCAGAGUUUGUUGAGGACUGUUUUUCAAGCCCCCCAAGCUUUGUGUUGGGAGGUGGUGGGACUAAGAGUACAAGCAUAAGCAUAAGCACAAGCAGCAGCAACCCUUGUUGUUCAGGCACAUUGAAGAGACCCCAACAACAGAAUGAGUCUCCUUUGCAAAGUUUUUCUGUGCCUGGGAAGGCCAGAAGCAAAAGGAAAAGGCUUUCAGCCCCAAGAAGGAAGGACCCUUUGAGCAUAUGGUCACAGCAUUUGAACCCCCAGAAUGAAGCCUUGAGUUGUGACCCUCCUCUCCUGAAACAGGCUUAUUGGUUGGCUGACAGUGAACUCAUGAUGCCUAAGCCAAAGGAGGAGAAAGAAGUGAGUGAAGUGGUGGAGAAGAGCAAGGAAAGUUUUGGGGAGUGUGAGGUUGAAGGUAGUAGCAGUGGUGAACAAGCAGCAGCAAUGGCUAGGAGAUGCAGCCAUUGCCUGGCUCAGAGGACCCCACAGUGGAGGGCAGGACCAUUAGGUCCUAAGACACUUUGCAAUGCAUGUGGAGUUAGGUACAAGUCUGGUAGGUUGCUACCAGAGUAUAGACCAGCCAAGAGUCCUACUUUUGUUAGCUACUUGCACUCCAAUUCCCACAAGAAAGUCAUGGAGAUGAGGAUGACUCAACACCACUAGCCCUUUAUUUUUAUGUAAAAAUCAAACUUCAAAUGUUAGGAACAAACUAUUUCCAAACACUGUUAUCAUUUAUCAUAUCUCAUCAUACCUUUCAAUCUUCUUAACAA